AAACAACUCUUUGCUCUCCUCUCUUUUCUUCCUCGACUAGGUUCCUUGUUUCUUGGACCGUGCUCCCUGCGAAUACCUACUGUUUAGCAUCAGGCUGAAGCAAUCGUCUCUUUUGUCAAGAUGCUGUCACGAAGCUCUCUCCGGACCGCCCAGGUCCUCCGCGCCGCUGCCCAGCCCCAGCAGCUCAGCCGAUCCUUCGCCACCGUCCAGUCCGACAUCUUCAAGCCUGCCAAGUUUGGCGGCAAGUACACCGUUACCCUGAUCCCCGGAGACGGUAUCGGAGGAGAGGUUGCCGAGUCCGUCAAGACCAUCUUCAAGGCCGACAAUGUGCCUGUCGAGUGGGAGCAGAUCGAGGUCUCUGGUGUGGAGGAGAGCGCGCUGCGAACUGAGGAGGCUUUCCGCGAGAGCGUUGCCUCCCUCAAGCGCAACAAGCUCGGCCUCAAGGGUAUCCUGCACACUCCCGUCAGCCGCUCCGGCCACCAGAGCUUCAACGUGGCCAUGCGCCAGGAGCUGGAUAUCUAUGCCAGCAUCUCCCUCAUCAAGAACAUCCCCGGCUACGAGACUCGCCACAAGGACGUCGACCUGUGCAUCAUCCGUGAGAACACCGAGGGCGAGUACUCUGGCCUCGAGCACCAGAGCGUUCCCGGCGUCGUCGAGUCCCUCAAGAUCAUCACCCGUGCCAAGUCUGAGCGCAUUGCCAAGUUCGCUUUUGCCUUUGCCCUGGCCAACGGCCGCAAGAAGGUCACCUGUAUCCACAAGGCCAACAUCAUGAAGCUGGCCGACGGUCUGUUCCGCAGCACCUUCCACCAGACCGCCAAGGAGUACCCUACCCUCGAGGUCAACGACAUGAUUGUCGACAACGCCUCCAUGCAGGCCGUCUCCCGCCCCCAGCAGUUCGACGUCAUGGUCAUGCCCAACCUGUACGGUGGCAUCCUGUCCAAUAUUGGCGCCGCCCUGGUUGGUGGCCCCGGUAUUGUUCCCGGCUGCAACAUGGGCCGUGAGGUUGCCGUCUUCGAGCCCGGCUGCCGUCACGUCGGUCUGGAUAUCAAGGGCAAGGACCAGGCCAACCCUACCGCCAUGAUUCUCAGCGGCAGCAUGCUCCUGAGACACCUUGGCCUUGACGACCACGCCAACCGCAUCUCCAAGGCUGUCUACGGCGUUAUUGCCGAGGGCAAGGUUCGCACACGGGAUAUGGGUGGUGAGUCCACAACACACGAGUUCACCAAGGCCAUCCUCGACAAGAUGGAGACCAUCUAAAUACCAUAAACAAGCCUUGAGCAAAAACAAGAGGCAAAACCAACAAUACUUGAAAAAUAAACAAAACAAAUUAACCCCAAACACGACCAAUUAACAACCACACCUCUUUCUCACACAUCUCGACCGGCGUGUUUGGGAAGAUGAUACCUCAACCUUAGAAUCCGAGGCGAUGCGGAGCGACGCCGCUGGAAAAUGAAACAAUGGGGCAGAGCAAAAAAAGUUCAAAGGGCCAGAUAAAAAUGGUUAUUGGGCGGCGAAUAUUAUUGAGAAGCGAGGUUGGUGGGAGAAUGAAAAGGGAGUGUGUACCUAUGUUUGAAAUGAGCGUAUGGAGUCUGAAUACAUAGAAUUUUACAGUACAUGAUUGCUGCUGUUUUUUUC